CACAAAUCAUGUAUUAGUAAGAAGUAACAGGAACAUAUAGAGAAUGCAUGUAUCUAAUCAAACUUUGAAACUUGCAUCAGAUUGAAAUUUCAUUUUCGCAUAACCAUCUACACAAGAAAACUAUACCAUAACAAGAACCAAAACCGAGUCAAAAACUACCGUUUCGAGAACAUGAACUACAAUGUCAGUGCCAUAAGCUUUUUCAAAACUUUGUUCUGAUGAGCCAUCAUAAGCUUUAUUACCUUAAACCAUGUUAUCUAGGUACAACAUGCCGCCCUGAAAGACAAACAACAUCCAACAGCAACAUAACAACACGAUAUUGAACAGCACAAGCUUGAGAGCAACAAAAGAUCUUUAAAUCAUUUCGCAAUCUUUUUACUUUCCACUUCACAUACCAACAAAACACAGUCCUUGUCACAGAUCGUGCCAGGAUAAGGUUAUGAAACAAGAAGAUAGUAUCUCAUUCAAGAAGACUACUAUAACAUGAAGAACAUUAAACCAAGUCUUAAACAAACAAAAAGGCUUAUUAAAAGAAUUCAAUGCUAGAUAUCGAAAUCAAACAUUUCAAGAUCGAAAGAGCGAAAAGUUACCACAUUGGGAAUCAAUGAGAUUCCUUGACCCCAAUCCAACGAAUUACAAAGGCAUAAAAGACAAACCUUGACAUUCUUAGAGAUUAGAUAAGAUAAGAGGAAUCACACAGACAACAUUUCCAUUAAAAAUGAAAACAAACAUGAAGAAGACAAAGUUAGUAAGCAAAUUCCACAAUGAUAAAACAAACCCUAGCUAGGAUUCGCUCGAAAUCAAACAAACAAGUGAAAAAAACACAAAGAAUCUCUUCUUAAAAAUUUCAACUUUCAAAACAUAAAAGAUUAGAUCUCACUUAGCAACCAUCCUUGCUAUGAAAUCUUCAUACCGGAUCUUUCCAUCGGAUCCAACAUCCACCUCCUUGAUCCACUCAUCGAACUCAUUAGGCUCCAGCUUCUCUCCGAUACUGGUCAGAAUAUGCCUCAGAUCCGCCACAGCAACGAACCCGGUACCUUCCUUAUCGAGCACUUUGAAUGCGUCACGGAGCUGGCGAUCGAAAGGUUCCGUCUUCAGAUGUUUCGCCAUGAGAUCGAGGAAUCUGUUGAAAUCAAACGGUGAAGAGAGAUUCUCGGAUGCGAUUAUGGAUUUCAGCUGGGCUUGGGUCGGGUUUCCGCCGAGAGAUCGCAUGAGGAUCCCGAGCUCUGACGGUGCGAUUUUGCCGUCGCCAUCGGUGUCGAAGAGCAUGAAGGCUUCCUUCAUCGACGAGACCUGAUCGUCGCUCAGACCAUCUUUCCCCAUUUUUCGAUUCUUCCGGGUUUUCAGGUCAGAUUCCGGGUCAGAUGUUUCUCUCUUUUGCUUCUUCUCUGUACAACGAAAUUUAGGAUCAGAGAGUCGCGUUUGUAACUUUUAACGAGAGAGGUGUUGAUAUGGCGUCGUUUUAUCUAAUAUUCAAGGCCCAACUAUUUCUGGCCCAUUUAUCUCUUGAAAUCUUAAAAGAUGAACAAAGUCUAACCAAUCAUAUUAGUGGAAAUUUAAAGUUUAGGAUCUUAUUUUUGAAAUGAAUGUCUUUCGCCUAUAAAGUUUUGAUAUGUUUGCUAGUUACAAAUUAAAAAAAAGAAUCAAAUAUUAGUAGGAUAAUUUGAGUGGGUUUGCAUUUUAAUAUUUGUAUUGGCAAAUGAAAUUGCUUAAAAUGAUUCCACUAUACAACAAAUCAUUAAGUUUGAGAAAGUGGGAUAAAAAGAAUAAACAUGACCUAAUAUUUCUUUAAGCCACAACCGAUAGAGUCGUUUUCAAAGUGACAUAGGAAUUAUAAAAAGGUUUGAUUUGUCCCACAUAAUUGGAUCUAUGGGGUACAAAGACAAUUGUUUAAAUGCAUUGGUCACUAUCAAUGUAUAUAGCAAAUGAUAUCAUCAUGUGAUUUAAAAGGUAACCUUCCACUUGGAUGAUUUUUCACAUGUUUGAGUUCUUCUAUACUUUAUAUCUUUCUUUUGGGUUUGCUUUGAAAUAUGAUUCACUUGUUUGAAAUUUAUGCCAUUAUCUAUGACUAUCUCCAUUAUCCCUAGAUGGAAAAAAAAGUAUCCAGACACUCCUUAUCAACGAUCAAUGAGACAUUAUCUAUUAUAUCCACUUGGUUUUAGUUAUCACAUGAUACUAAAGUCAUUGAAAUUGGGUCUGAAUAGUGUUUUUUAUUGUACCAACUAAAUGAAAAUUUUCUAAACUUAACUACUAUUAACGAAUAAACAGUUGAUAAAUCGUUUUAGACUAAUUAUAGUUUAAAUCUCGUUAGCCUACACACGUCAAAUUCGUCUGGAAUAGUGUCAAAGUCGACUAUCUAGAAACCUUAUCUUUAAAAAACAGAAAGAAAGAACAAAACAUAGUAAAUCUUUUAGAAAAUUUACCUAUCACUCUCACAUAUUACACAUUUUCAAAAUCUAACCUUUACACCACAAAAAUUUAGGAUAAUAGUACUCUAAUUACCUCCGUUAAUUCAUAACAAGUGCAUUCUCUAUGUCCAUUUUCUGAUUUUAAAGCAACAAUUUCUAAACAAAGGAGCUAAAUCGGGGGGUACUUGAUUAAAGUUGAUAGUAUUGGGGCUAAACCUAAAAACUAGACAAAUAUACAAGGGCCAUAUCGAUACAAAACGAAACGAGACUUUUCUUAAUGUCUACGUUCUCUAUAAAAGCAAACUUUAAGCUAAAACCCAAACAAGAAGCAGAACACAAGAAACGUGAGAAACUUUGAGAAGACCAAGAAGAAGAAGCAGAAGAAGAAGAAAAUGAAAUUGGUUUGGUCUCCGGAAACAGCAUCAAAGGCUUAUAUAGACACCGUUAAAUCGUGUGAGAAUCUUGAAACGCCGGACGCGGCGGAGCUAAUAGCGGCGAUGGCGGCGGGAUGGAACGUGAAGCUGAUCGUGGAAACUUGGUCAGAAGGAGACGCAAUAGCUUCAAGUAUUGGUUUAAACGUAGCAAGCAAACACGCAAACGCUAAACACAUAUGUAUAGUACAAAACUCAAGAUCAGAAUCUGCUUAUCUCCAAGCUAUUCAAGAAUCUUCAUCUCCCUUGAACUUUCCAGAGACUAUCGUCGCUGAAGAACCCGGAAAAGCGAUGAAGAAGCUACAAGGAGUCGACUUCUUGGUCGUGGAUUGGCGGAACAAAGAAUUUGCAGCGGCUGCGUUGAAAAACGCUGCGUUUGGAAACAGAGGAGCUGUUGUGGUUUGUAGAAACGGGUAUUCGAGCUUGAGAAGGGUUUUAAGAGACCGGAAAGUUGUUAGAACGGUGACUCUUCCGGUCACCGGAGGUAUUGAGAUAGCUCAUGUUGCGGCUAGGAACUCAGGGAAGAGUGGUAACAAUAAGAGAAGAUGGAUCACACAUGUUGAUCAGAGAUCAGGAGAGGAACAUGUGUUUAGUAUCUAGAAAGUCAGAGACAAAUAGUCAUAAGUGUUUAUUGGAUCUUGUAUUUGUUGUGUUUGUACAUAAGAUGAUUCCAUCAGAUGCAAUUGUUAUUGAAGAAAACAUGCUUGUCUUAUAAAUGUGAUCUUUGUGUUGC